AUGGGUUCCGUGAAGGAGUUUCCCCGCAUUAAGGAGAUCCGCACCUUCGUCAUUGAUGGUGUCGGCUCCGGUGGUGAUUAUCACAAUGUCAAAGGAGGCCAUUGGCUGAUUGACAGCAACAUCUCUACUCCCAUGACCAAGUGGGCACAGUAUCGCGGCUCUCGUACUUCCUGGGGAAUUAAUGUUUUGGGAUCUUUCUGUGUGGAGAUCGAAGCAACAGAUGGAACUAAGGGUUUCGCAACUGGAUUUGGUGGUCCUCCUGCUUGCUGGCUCGUUCACCAGCACUUUGAGCGCUUCCUGAUUGGCGAAGAUCCUCGUGACACCAACACCCUGUUCGAAAAAAUGUACCGUGGCUCUAUGUUCUACGGCCGCAAGGGUCUUCCCGUGGCCGCAAUCUCCGUCGUUGACCUUGCUAUCUGGGAUCUGCUUGGAAAAAUUCGCAACGAGCCCGUUUACAAGAUGAUUGGCGGCGCGACUCGAUCUCGCUUGGACUUCUACUGCACUGGUCCUCAGCCCUCUGCCGCUAAGGGAAUGGGAUUCGUCGGUGCCAAGGUGGCCCUUCCUCAUGGGCCUGAUGAGGGAACUGAUGGUCUACUGAAGAACGUUGAAUAUCUCCGUCUCAUGCGCGCUAGUGUUGGACCAGAUUUCCCUCUCCGUGUCGACUGCUAUAUGUCUCUGACUGUUUCGUACACCAUUGACCUCGUUAAGCGAUGUGAGGCUAUUGGCUUGAACAUUGACUGGUGGGAGGAGUGUCUGUCCCCUGAUGACUUCGAUGGCCACGCACUGUUGAAGCGUGCCCACCCAACUGUUAAGUUCACUACUGGUGAGCAUGAGUUCUCUCGCUAUGGCUUCCGUAAGCUUGUUGAGGGACGCAAUUUGGAUAUUAUCCAGCCUGAUGUUAUGUGGCUUGGGGGCUUGACUGAGCUGCUCAAGGUCUCUGCUCUUGCUGCCGCUUAUGAUAUCCCCGUUGUGCCUCACGCAUCUGGUCCUUACUCCUACCACUUUGUUGUCUCUCAGACCAACUGUCCCUUCCAAGAAUAUCUCGCCAACUCGCCCGAUGGCAAGUCUGUCCUGCCUGUCUUUGGUAACCUCUUCCUCAACGAACCCAUACCUACACAGGGAUACCUUGAUGUUUCCAUCCUUGACAAGCCUGGAUUCGGUCUCGAAUUAAAUCCUGCUGCGCCUUUGAUCCCGGCCUCCAAACUUCUGACACCUGCUCCUAUGAAGAGCCUUCGUGACCCUGAAAUUGAGCAGGCUGUCAAUGGCUCUACUUAA